AGCUGGAGCGGACCGGAAGGUUUCCGGAAUGUGGCGCGGCCUUUGUUUCCGGCUGCAGGAGCUCCAGGUCUCAUCUUCACUUUUCUGUGUCCUCUGCUCCUAGAGUCCCAUCCUCUGUGGCUCUGCGACCUGAAGGUAUUGGGAGUUCCACAGCUAUGACGCCGGGACCCCCUGGAGCCCUAGAAAUGGAGACACUGACAUUUAGGGAUGUGGCCAUAGAAUUCUCUCUGGAGGAGUGGCAGUGCCUGAACCCUGCUCAGCAGGAUUUGUAUAGAAAUGUGAUGUUAGAGAACUACAGAAACCUGGUCUUCUUGGCAGGUAUUACUGUCUGUAAGGAAAACCCAAUCACCUGUCUGGUGCAAGGAAAAGAGCCCUGUAAUGUGAAGAGACAUGAGAUGGUGGCCAGACCCAAUGCUAUGUGUUCUUAUUUUCCAAAAUACCUUUGGUCAGAGCAAGACAUAAAAGAUUCUUUUCAAGAAGUGAUACUGAGAAGGUACAGAAAAUGUGGACCUGAGAAUUUACAGUUAAGAAAAGGCUGUGAAAGUGUGGUGGAUGAAUGUAAGGUGCACAAAGAAGGUUAUAAUGAACUCAACCAGUGUUUCACAACUACCCAGAGCAAAGUAUUUCAAUGUGAUCAGUAUGCGAAAGUCUUUCAUAAAUUUUUAAAUUCAAAUAGAGAUAAUAUAAGACAGACUAGAAAGAAACCUUUCAAAUGUGAAAAAUGUGACAAAUCGUUUUGCAUGCUUUUACACCUAAGUCAACAUCAAAGAGUUCAUACUGGGGAGAAUUUGUACCAAUGUGAAGAACGUGGCAAAGCCUCCAAGUGGUUCUCAACCUUUACUAGAGACAAGAGAAUUCAUAUUGAAGAGAAACCCUUCAAAUGCAAAGAAUGUGGCAAAGCUUUUAAAUUUUCCACAACCUUUAUUGCACAUAAAAGAAUUCAAACUGGAGAGAAACCCUACAAAUGUGAAGAAUGUGGCAAAGCCUUUAAUGAGCCUUCAAACCUUACUACACAUAAGAUGAUUCAUACUGGAGAGAAACCUUACAAAUGUGAAGAAUGUGGCAAGGGCUUUAACUGGUCCUCAAACCGUACUAAACAUAAGAAAAUCCGCAUGGGAGAGAAACCCUACAAAUGUGAAGACUGUGGCAAAGCUUUUAAUCAGUCCUCAAUCCUUAGUAAACAUAAGAAAAUGCACACUCAAGGGAAACCCUACAAAUGUGAAGACUGUGGCAAAGCUUUUAAUCGGUCCUCAUUCCUUACUACACAUAAGAGAAUUCACACUGGAGAGAAACCCUACAAAUGUGAAGACUGUGGCAAAGCUUUUAAUCGGUCCUCAUUCCUUACUACACAUAAGAGAAUUCACACUGGAGAGAAACCCUACAAAUGUGAAGACUGUGGCAAAGCUUUUAAUCGGUCCUCAUUCCUUACUACACAUAAGAGAAUUCACACUGGAGAGAAACCCUACAAAUGUGAAGACUGUGGCAAAGCUUUUAAUCGGUCCUCAUUCCUUACUACACAUAAGAGAAUUCACACUGGAGAGAAACCCUACAAAUGUGAAGACUGUGGCAAAGCUUUUAAUCGGUCCUCAUUCCUUACUACACAUAAGAGAAUUCACACUGGAGAGAAACCCUACAAAUGUGAAGACUGUGGCAAAGGUUUUAAUUGGUCCUCAAACCUUAGUAAACAUAAGAUAAUUCAUACUGGAGAGAAACCCUACAAAUGUGAAGAAUGUGGCAAAGCUUUUAAUCGGUCCUCAACCCUUACUAAACAUAAGAUAAUUCAUACUGGAGAGAAACCUUACAAAUGUGAAGAAUGUGGUAAAGCCUUUAACCAAUCCUCAGCUCUUACUAAACAUAGGAAAAUUCAUACUGGAGAGAAACCUUACAACUAUGAAGAAUGUGGCAAUGCUUUUAAUCCUUGAACCUUAUUAAACAAAUAAUUUAUGUUGUAGAGAAACUCUACGAAUGUGAAGAAUGUGGCAAAGCUUUUAACCAUUUCUCAAGUCUUACUAAGUAGUACAUUUAUACUGUACAGAAAUCCUACUAGUGUGAAAAACAUGGUAAAGCCUUUAGUAAGCCCUCAAUUCUUUUUUUUUUUUUUUGAGAUGGAGUUUUGCUCGUUACCCAGGCUGGAGAGCAAUGGCGCGAUCUUGGCUCACUGUGAUCACUGCCUCCCGGGUUGAGGCAAUUCUCCUGCCUCAGCCUCCUGAGUAGCUGGGAUUACAGGCGCACACCACCAUGCCCAGCUAAUUUUGGUAUUUUCAGUAGAGACGGGGUUUCACCAUGUUGGCCAAGAUGGUCUUGAUCUCUUGACCUGGUGAUCUACGUGCCUCGGCCUCCCAAAGUGCUAGGAUUACAGGCAUGAGCCACUGCACCCGGCCAGUCCUCAAUUCUUAACAGACACAAAAUAAUUUAUACUGGAGAGAAACUGUACAAACCAGAAAUACUUGACAAUGCUUUUGACAACAUCUCAAACUUUUCUAACCUAAGAGAAAUUAUCGUAGGGAGAAAUCCUAGAAAUCUGAAGAAUGAGACAAGGCCUUUAAA